CCAGAGAAAUGAUUAAUUGGUCUUAAUUGGAAAAUUUCUCUUUAUCUACUUUUCUACCCGUAUUCACCCUUCAACAACAGGCCGACAUGGCGGGUAAGUGGAUCACAUUCGGGUACGAUUCGCAUACUGAUGGAACCCGAUCAUCGAAUAACACCGUAUAAAAAAAAAAGAAAGGGAAAGCACCUAAAAAUAUAAAAACUCAUUGUCAUUAUCUGCAUUCGCCGGCGGAGGGGAAAAAGAAGAGAUCGGAAAUGGCAUCGGAGCCCCCGCCUUUCCAGGAAGCACCACGCUGCGACGUAUGUAAAUGCAUCUUCAACACUUUCAGGCGCCGGCACCAUUGCCGAUGUUGUGGAAGGACAUUAUGUCAUGAACAUUCAUCUAAUCAAAUGGCUUUACCACAAUUUGGCAUACUCUCGUCUGUUAGAGUUUGUGCAGAUUGUUUCAAUAACUCUUCAGGAUCUACCAAAGCCAAUCCUCAACCUUCUUUAGAUGGAGUUGAUUAUGUUACAGACGAAGUCUCUCGACUAAGCAUUAAUGCAGUUAUGGGUUCAAAAACUGAAGCAACUGCAGAUCAUUGGCCUGUUGCAAGCACUCCAGAUUGCAAGUGUGGAAUGCCUUUGUGUAUUUGUGAAUCUCCAGCACCAACCACAGAUGCACUUCCACUUAAGAUGAAAGAUCCUCCAUCCUCAGUGGUUUCAUCAAAUCCAAAAUCAAAAAAGACUGACACUGUUCCCAAGAGUAGAGGCUCCACUUCAAACAGCAAAUCUAGUUUGGUUUUCAAUCCUGGUCUAGUGACCAAUGGUACCGCCGCAGAUAAAUCUCAGAUUGAUUAUGAUGUCAAUGGAGAGGGUUUAAGAGAAGCUAUAAAGAAUGGUGAUAUUGCUGCAGUCAAAAAGCUUCUAAGUGAGUGUGUUGAUGCAAAUUACCAUGACAAGCAAGGAUUGUCUUUGCUGCAUCUGGCAGCACUGUUCAACCGAACUGAUAUAGUAUUUGCGCUCAUGGACUUUGGAGCAAGCAUGGACUACAAGAAUGCACAGGGAGAAACACCACUGGAUUGUGCACCAGCCACUUUGCAAUACAAGAUGCAAAUGAAGAUGAAAGAAAGCGAUCAGCAUGAAAUCCACUAGACGAGAAGUUGAAGGAAGAUACAUAAUUUACUCUGUUAGCCGACAUGCAUGAGCUCAAGCCGUAAGCUUCAACAAUAAAUUAUUGAUAUAAUGCUUCAUGCUGUCAGUUUCAACAAGAAAUCAUAACUAUAAUGCUGCCCAAGUGUUUGUAUUAUAUCUGGUAGACAAAUCAUCAAACGGGCUGCACGACAUAGAGGCUCAAUCCAAAUGCUGUUUUUAAGUUUAUUUUUUAUCAACAAUCAGAAUGCUGUUGUGAGGCAACAAAGUUCCUAUUAAAACAUUAAACUCCAUAGUUCUGUUACUAUUCUGGUAACAUGUAACGUGUGACAGAAUGUGUUGGGCCACUUUGGUUGGUUGAUGAACUAGGGGGGCACAAUUUUUUCCUUUUUUUUUUUAAUCCAUUAAAAUUUAGCCCUUUUUCUUUUCAUUGAUUCUACUUUGGCAUACAACGU